GGAAAGAAGGGAGGGAGCAAGAAGGGCAGAGAGGAGGCCAAGAAGAGAGCAGGGGAGAGAAGAGUGGAGGAAGAGGUGCGUCUGGAGGGGAGGAGGCUGUCUGGGCUGUCUGUCCCUCCAGGACAGAGCGCUUCUCUUCCCCUAGCUUCUCCUCCGCUAGCCUUGCUGGUCCAGGGGGAGGGAGAUGCGGCUUCUGGCCCUGGCCGGAGUUUUCCUGCUGGCCCGGGAUCCGCAGUCAGAUGUCUGCGAAGCCCUCAAUGUCACAGUCUCACCGGGGCCAACGGUCGGAUACACCGAGGGAGAAAAUGCCACCCUUUUUUGCCACAUUUCCCAGAAAAGAAAGAAGGACAAUUUACUGGCCGUCCGCUGGUUCUUUGCCCAGUCCCCCUCUUCUCAGGAUACCGUAAUGAUUAAAAUGACCAAGCUUGGAAUAGUCCAAUACUAUGGAAAUUAUUCCAGCAGCAUUAACCGGCAAAGACUUCGCCUUUUCAAAGAAGGGCUGAGCAACAUAUACCAAUUUUUCAUUUUAAAUCUUCAGCCCACAGACCAAGGACGGUAUACGUGCAAAGUGCAAGAAAUUGGGAAACACAGGAAUAAAUGGACAGCUUGGGCAAAUGCUUCCGCCGCUACAGAAGUAAGAGUUAUUUCUCCUGAUGAUUCCAACUUUGAGAAGAAGAAAGACACCUGGGCAUUCUUUGAAGACUUGUAUAUGUAUGCGGUCCUUGUGUGCUGCAUUGGAAUUCUUAGUGUACUCCUGUUCACACUCAUUAUCUUCUGCCAAUCUUUAGUUAACAAGAGGAGAUCGAGAGUGAAACAUUAUUUGGUGAAGUGCCCCCAAAACAGCUCUGGGGAAACAGUCACCAGUGUGACCAGCCUGUCACCACUCCAGCCCAAAAAAAUCAAGAAAAAGAAGGCAAAUCUGGACAUCCCACCUGCCAUUCCAGCGAAAGCUCCAAUAGCUAAUGCAUUCCAUAAACCAAAGUUGCUGAAGCCACAAAGGAAAGUGGUUUUGCCAAAAAUUACGGAGGAAAAUCUAACUUAUGCUGAACUGGAGCUGAUUAAGCCACACCAAGUGACCAAAGGCAGUCCCACCAAUACGGUUUAUGCUCAGAUCCUCUUUGAAGAAAACAAGCUGUAACCUCACAUUUGUUCGUGCUUUAUGUAAAUGUUGUAUUUAAUACUGACCAUGCUGUUAUUUAUGAAAUUGCAAAAACAAAGGCCUUAUUUUUUUACUGCACUUCUAUAUCUUCUGGAAACUCUUGCUAGUUUGAUUUAAAAGAUGGAAGCAGGCACAAAAUUAGCCUCUGAAAAAUAACCAGGAGAAAUACUCACAGAGUGAAUCCCCUGUAAGACGCAUGAUUGCUCCAAACUCUCACCAGUGGUCUUUUUCAACAUCUUUAAGCAAGAAAGAUCGGCUUUCUUUUGUGUUUUUCUUUUUUUUUUCCCCAAGCCAGGGCCUUAAUGUCUUCCGUGGUACUUUCUAAAUGGUGAGACUAUAUUGCUUACAUUUCCUGUAUGCAAUGUUCUCAAUCCUGUAACCUACAAGUAGAGGCACUGUUGAUGCAUAUUAAAGCAUCAGAUAGUUGAUAAAUAAUAUUGAUUCUAAGAGGAUCAGAUAAGGUUGACAUAGGAUCUAGUAGCUACUAAGGUCAUGUUCAAAUAUUUACUUAAGAUAUUGUCCAUUGUUCUGAACACAUCCAGCAACCUUCAUGAAUAACACUCAGAGAACCAACAGCCUUUAGAGCAGUGCUUCCUAACUGGUGCUGGGUGGUAUUCUGGUGACGUUUGGUUGGAUUCUGGCCACGCUGGUUGGCUUCAAGACGUACCUUUGCAUUUUUCAUACUGUCAUCUUUGAUUUCACACAUGUACAAGUGUGCUCCCAAGCUGAGGAUAGUGCUCACAUGCCCAAAAUACUGGAAUUUGGGAGCAUUCCUGUUGAAAUCCAAGACGGCAACCACCGAAAUGGGAAACAUUUAGGCAGCAUGGGUUUAAUGAGCAAGACGUUGGGUGGGAGCUAGGAAGAGCAGAUUUGAUUCCCAUUCUUCACAGGGACUCAUUGUGUGACCUUUAGGCAAGUCUUUCUUUUUUUCUGGUCCUUGAUUUUUACCUUCUGUAAAAUGGGUAUAGCACCACCCACGUCACAGCUGUGGGCAAGGAAUGUGUCUGUUUAUUGUUAUAUUGAACUCUCCCAAGGGUUUAGUAUGUUCUGCUCACAAUAAGCACUAAAUAAAUGCAAUUGAAUGAAUGAAGGUCUGAGGACAAACAUAUUAAUGUUCUGGAAAAUCCUUAGAUAUCUUUGGAUGAGAGAGUCCAUAUAAAUAUGACAUAUUACUAUUUGUAUGCUAAAAUUGUUUUCAUGCCCCCUUUGAAAAAAUGUGUGAUUUCUGUUUAUAGUCACUUUGAGCCAAACCUCCUUUACCAGCAUCUUGUGAUUAUUCUGUGAGAGAGGAUGGUAGAAUAUGGAAUCAAGAGCUGGGAUUUUAAUUCUAGAAAAAUUAAUUCCUGAAAAUGAUGGUCCUAAAAUCUGGACUCUCCACAUGAUAUUUUCUGAUGCUUAUGUAAACGGAGCUUAUCAGCUAUGUAACGAUCUAUGUAUAUAGUGUAAAUAUAUGUAUAAUGCACCCAUCUUUACGUCUCCUUCAGUGCUUUCCUUAUUUACACAAGAGAAUGAAAACAAGUCACCCUACUUUCAAGAUCUCAAUAAUGGUUCCUGGCCAUUGGAAUAAAGCCUAAGGGAAUUUAUCCAGGAAUUUGGAGAACUAUAUAACUUCAGGUUGACUAUUUACCAUAUCACAAAAUAUACACUACGUUACUUCUCUACUUAGUUUAGAUCAUUACCUUUUUUGUUAGCUAAAUUUAAAUAAAGGAUACCAACUCACUAAGAAA